AUGUCCAACAGAUUUACAGCAACAUUCAAGAAAUUGUGGGAUUCUCCUAUUGGAUUGAAAACAACCCACUUUUGGGGACCAGUGGCUAACUGGGGAAUUGCUCUUGCUGGAUUGGCAGAUUACAAACGGCCCCCAGAAAAAGUUUCAGGACCAAUGACUGUUGCUUUAUGUGCAUACAGUGCAGUUUUUAUGAGAUUUGCAUGGAUGGUUAAACCACGUAAUAUGCUUUUAUUGUACUGUCACGUGGUUAAUGAAAGUGUUCAAAUAUAUCACUUGACAAGAAAAAUUCAUUAUGAAUUCACAAAACCAAAAACUCAAGUUCCACAAACUCCAACUCAAAAUUAA